UAGAAACAGAGCGCGAUGUGCUCGCGGAGGGGCGCAAGGCCUUCCACCGUGCAGCGGACUGCAGGUCGUGUCCGCUGCACGGUGACCGGGAUAAGAACGAACAAGCGGGUGUGGUACCCAGGAGGCCGGGUUUUUAGACCUCGCUCUGCCGUAACGAUCUCCCUGGAGCACGAGAUCCUUCUGCAUCCGCGCUACUUCGGUCCCAACCUGCUCAACACGGUGAAGCAGAAGCUCUUCACUGAGGUGGAAGGAACCUGCACCGGCAAGUAUGGCUUUGUAAUUGCUGUCACUACCAUCGACAAUAUUGGUGCUGGUGUGAUCCAGCCAGGCCGAGGCUUUGUCCUUUAUCCAGUUAAGUACAAGGCCAUUGUUUUCCGGCCCUUUAAAGGGGAAGUUGUGGAUGCUGUUGUCACUCAGGUCAACAAGGUUGGACUCUUCACAGAAAUUGGACCUAUGUCCUGCUUCAUCUCUCGACAUUCCAUUCCAUCGGAGAUGGAGUUUGAUCCUAACUCAAACCCACCGUGUUACAAGACAAUGGAUGAGGACAUUGUGAUUAAGCAGGACGAUGAGAUCCGCUUGAAGAUUGUGGGGACUCGUGUGGAUAAGAAUGAUAUCUUUGCUAUCGGCUCCCUUAUGGAUGAUUACUUGGGGCUUGUGAGCUGAACUCCAGGGCCUCCUACCUUGUUUGGUCCUUAUCUAGGAGAUGCGACUGUCAUACUUCCCAUGUUGUCCAGAGGCUCAGUCUGGCUUCUGUUGAGGAGGCAAGGAAGUUUCCUUGUCUCAGAAGACAUCUGUCUCUUCUUGUAGCUUAACAGCCACUCCCAGAUUUUGACUGUGUAUUUUAACCAUAAAAGGUCGUUGGUUCUCA